UGUAACAAUAGUUGAAAGUGAAAAGUACUAACAGAUUUCAUGGCAGUCAUGAAUAUCGUUUAUCAAUUUCAAAAGACAUUUAUGAUGAAAUGUGUGUAUUCUUGUCAAUUGAAUAGCUCAAUCAACUCGGAUGUAACAUUAUAAAGCAAUAAAAGCAUGAAAAUGUGUAAAAAUGUUGCAAACUGGAUUAUAACAAUUUUAUUUGCUCUUAUCAACUAUGCGAGAGCAGACAAUGAAGUUAACGCUACAUUAACGUUUCAAAAACUUAUCAAUUCCAAUCAGACAACUCAGCUUCCCUUUCUGGUGGAUUAUUUAACCUCAACUUUGUUCAAUUUUACACCAACAGAAUCGACGAAUGAAAAUUUAACCCAACCUUUGACUAUCAAUACAACCUCAAUGGUUACCAAUGAAUUUACCAUGUUGAACACUAAUGAUUCAAUGGUUCAUCCCUGGUUACCCAUUGGAAAUUUUACCAACAUUCUUAAUCAAAGUUACACUUUGGACACUUUUACUGAACCCAAAGUAAAUGCUUACCAAAUAGAGAGUCAAAAUAUUUUAUCAGUUUACAAGGUAAUUGAUGAAACGGAAGCCAGCAAUAAAAGUGAUAACAUUAACAGGGAAGGCAAUCUUGAUGAAUCGUUGCCUUCAUUUUUCGACGAUUCCCCCACCAAAGAUGAAGAUUAUGCUGGAGGUGCUUAUGGGAAUGACGAGGACAAUGAUGAAGAGAGUGACGAUGAACUGGCCAAUGGCAACCUAAGAAGUAACUUCAUUUCCCGUGAAGAUGAAGGUGAUAAGUUGACGUGACAAAUUGAUAAUCAUGAAGCCAAAGUACAUUUAAAUCAUCAGCAAAAGUAAACUUAAAGCUCAAAAUUCAAUUUCAACAUUUGAUAACAUUUAAUCGUGAAAAA